AGUGAAUUUAACAAAAUUUUACGUGAAUCCGAAAAAAGAACCGAAAACGAAUCGGACAAAGUAUAUGGAGACUGUUUUCAUUCAGUGACAGAAGCCCCCCUUUUCUCCUGCUAAGAAUUUAUGUCAUUUAAACCCCCCUUUGUCUUUGCUCAUCCAAAACCCAACUAUAACUCAACCACAUAUCUCACUCUUACUCUCUCCAUCCUCCACCAUGGGCUGCACAUGUUGACAAUAUUUAUGUGCUAGAGGCCUCUACCGUAGACUCAGAGCGCGCAGCGCGCAGUUGUCAGACAGACACCGAUCCCAAAAGCCUGAAAAACCCGAAAACAAGGAGACCUUACUAACAGAAGAUAAAAGAAAGGAGGCUGAAAUUCGACGAAAUGGGGGUGUGUUCGAGCAGGCCGAAAAGAGGGAACUAUGCAUGGGAGAAUGAUCCAAGGAUGUUUAUACAGAAAAUGAGGCUACUGCAGCAGGAGAUCAAUGCAAUAUUGAAGCAGAGGGAGGAAGAGACCGAGGUUUACGAGAAAGAACUGAUGGUGUUUGCGUUCAGGGAAGCGGAGUGGAAGAAAGAGCGAAAGAAGCUCAGGGAAGAGGUAAAAGGGCUAAAGAAGAGCUUGGAAGAGCGCGAAGAGAGGAUCAGACAGAUGGAAGAGGAGGCCGAGGGGGGUAUUGGUAUUGCAAGAAAGAGCGAAAUUUCAUCAGAUGGAAUGGCAACAGAUUGUCGUAAUAGUAGUAAUAUUGCUGCUGCGGCUGCUGCUACGAGCUUGUCGCUGAUGGAACAGAUGAGGGAAGAAAGAGCAAGAAGAGAUGAGGCUGUUGAAAAAUGGAAGAUGUUGUAUCUUGCUAUUAAGCAUGAGCUUGAUGAUCUGAUUCAAAGGACACAUGAAGGGACACUAAACUGGAGAGCAGAUGAAGAAGAAUUGAUGGAAGAUCUUCAACGGGAGUUGAAAGCGAGGGACGAAACGAUUCAAGUGUUAAAAGCACAAUUAGCUUCAAUGGAAGAUGAAGAAUAUAAGAGGAAAAGGGAAGUGGACAUUCUGAGACAAAGUUUAAGAAUAAUGAGCACCAAUAGUAAUAAUAAGGUUGCAACUUCUGCACAUGUUAAAAACCUCUCUAAGUCUUCAAUCCGUUUUACUAAGCUAGCGUUUGUAAACUAGAACAUUAUAUGAAUUUUGGAAUGGAAUAUCUUAGAUUGUAUCCAAUCAAAGCGAUAAUGUUUCUGUUAAUACUAAAUUUUACUCAUUUUCGGUUGUUUGAUCUGCAAA